ACUCCCUCCACAAUCUCUCUGUACAGACUUUAUUAGAGAUUCACUCCAACUGAUUGUGUCCAGUCAGACCAUCGACUGUUCCUCCUAUAUUUCUCCAAAACUAGUCCCUUCCCGGUACCACUCUGGUACUCUGUAUACGACGCGAAAUUCUCCACCCGAGGGCGCAAUUUCUCCCCAGUCCAAACAGCUGAACACCUCUCUGCAACAUGUCUCUCAAGCGCAAGGCCUCCUUUUCGACCCCGACGUCUCCCAGCACCCCAUCCGUCAUCGGCGGACGAUCAAUGAUGCUGGAUGACUCGCCACAGCACCUCAACAGCCGGACGCGAAAGCGCUUCCGCGACGACCGUCCAGAAGACCGGGUAGUAUAUGAAAACACCCUCCGCUGGCUCUUCACAGCCCAACAGCGACCGGAACCAUCCCCGGCAGCCGAGACUGAGGAGAUGGACAUCGAGUCCCUUCCCGCACCAGAAACCGUCGACCCACGCCAGCAAACGCUGCUUAAAUUCUUCCAACCUGCCAAAACAUCUUCCUCCCAGUCUCGCUCAAAAGGCACACACCCGCAGCCGAUGACACCCAAUCGCACCCCGCAAACCAGUGCCCUGUCGUUUCAGCAACCGAGUCUGAACAUGGACGCAACGAGUGCCUCAGUCAGCAGUGAUACCCGGACUCCCAGUUUGUCCUCUCAAGGUCCGAGCAUGGAUAUGGACGUUGAUAUGGACUCGGGGAGUGACGGGACCACCCGAGAUCCCAAUAUGUGGGCUGGUGGGCUCGGCUGGAUGUGAUGAUUUGAUACGACCGACACUGUUUGUGCUAUUUCUUUAAAGUGACGAUGUGCAUCAUUUGUUAAUCGCGUUUCUUGUUGUCUGUCAUCGAUGGCUGGCCUUGGUGUGGACCAUGAUGUGCGAUCAAAACGACUCUGCUCAUCCGUCAUCCGUCAAUCGCCCGAUGUUUGCUUGAUUAUAUACCUAUUUGUGCUUACUGUGGGAGCUUUCUGGACCAGUGGGAACGAUGCAGGCCAUUUACCCCGUUUAUGUAUAUGGAGUUGUGCGGAG